AUGGAUUCAGACGAUUCAGAUAAUUACGAUCAAGAAUUUUGGGAGUUGGUUGAAGAAGAAUUUAUGGACGACAGUGAUGAAGAACAAGAGGUUCAAAAUGAACUUCAAUCUGGAAGUUCCUCUAGGCCAAAGAGAAGAACAACGAUAGAUCGAGGUCGUGAAGAAGGGCAUAAUCGAUUGUUCAAUGACUACUUCUCAGAAAAUCCAUUAUACACAGAUGUUCAAUUCCGAAGAAGGUUCAGAAUGCAUAGGCAUGUAUUUCUUCGAAUUGUAGAUGCCCUUGGAAAUCAUGAUGAAUAUUUCCAAAUGAGGGUUGAUGCAACUGGUAAAAUGGGUCUUUCACCAUUGCAGAAAUGUACAUCUGCUAUUCGUAUGUUGGCGUAUGGGUCUGCUGCUGACAUUGUAGACGAAUAUGUUCGAAUCGGUGAAAGCACUUCAAUUGAGUGCUUACAAAGAUUCAUUCAGGGCGUGAAUGUUGUAUUUGGGGCUGAGUAUUUGAGAAAGCCUAACAACACUGAUGUUGAACAUCUUUUACAAAUGGGAGAGUCACGUGGCUUUCCAGGUAUGUUGGGUUCCAUUGAUUGUAUGUAUUGGGAAUGGAAAAAUUGUCCUGUUGCAUGGAAAUGA